CUGCCAGACACUCCCUUAGAAUAGCCAGGGGCCGAGCAGGGAACCAGGAAAUACAAGCUCUCCCUGUCCAGAAAACACUGCUGCUUCAUGGAGGAGGGAGCGACAUGGGCAAUCUCUGCAGCUGCGGGCGAGCGGGGAACUGCCCUUCACCUUUUAAAAGAAAGAAGGAAAAGCAAGGAGCCAGAGUGAGACAUGACAGCCAACAGCACCAGCAUGGCAGGAAGGCUCCGAUGUACGAAGAUGUCCCAGAGCUUCCUGUCUAUGCCACCGUGAAUAAGCCCAAGAGUGUGAAGCAGGACGAAAGCAUUCAUUACGCGGACAUCCAGGUGUUCACCAAGGCCCGGGAGCGCUCUGCAGAGGAGGUGAAGAACUUGCAAAUGCAGAAUGCCACAGAGUACGCCACCCUCAACUUCCCCAGGCCCAGGCUGAAAUACGAUAGCAAGAACGGGACCCUGGUGUAAGAAGCUUGAUGGCCCCCUUCUCCUUCAGCAGCGAAAGAAUUUCACAGGUUUAGAGAUACUGUAGACCCAAGCUGGGCUCGCGGACAGAUCACGUCUCCCUGAGAAGGUGCAGAGGGGCUGUGUCUUCCACCUGCAUUUGGCUUUGGAGGACACAGAAAUAAUUAUCUUCACAUGAGAAGUAGUCUCCUGUCUGGUUCUGCUGGCAAAAGACACCUCUCCUCUUUGGAAAACCUGGGUCACUUCUGAAGCUAGCAGCCCAUCUGCUCUGGGGCCCGUGAGAAAGCAGAACUGCUCCGCAGUUGAUGAAGGCUAAAGGUGCAGCCCAGAGCUGCAGGGAGAAGGUUUCUGCUGUAGCUGAGGUUUCCCUGAGUGCUGCUCGGCAGGAAGACUUAGGAACACAGCAAACAGGAUUAGAUCCUGGGAUUAGAGAGAUGCUGCCACUGGAUUUUAUUGUCAAUGCUAACAGAAAUCGGCAACGUGCUAUAGAAAAUGAGGUGUGGAUGAUACCGCGAGGAAAUGGCGUGCAACCUCUAACAGUUUCUGCCACAAUGUCUUCCUCCAACACCAGCCGCUGCACACUGCAGGCCUCAAGCGCUAGCUGCACCCGCUUUGCUCCAAGAACAGUGCGUUGUGGCCACGCACAGCACUCAGACAAAGGUCGGAAACGCAGCACCAGCUGCAGGGUACAGAGCAACUGCUUUUGCUGGAGGGCUGUACAGAGAGGCAUCCUUACCCUAGCAUGUGUGGUAGUGAGCAGCAAUUCUCUAAUUGGGAAUGAAACAAGGAAAAUUCACAAUUUGCCUUUAAGGCAGCCAUUUAAAAGCCAUUGUCAGCAUUUAGGGGUAGUUAUCCAGUCCUUAGAGUACAGUAGCUGUUUGCAUGCCUGUGCCACUGGGAAUGAAUCCUGGCCAACUCAGCGAGGGCUUUGGAGUUUUUCUCCACUUUUUUCUUCCUCUUUUGUAUUAGCAGCUUUAGUUAUAAAGCCCUGCAACACAGAGCUCAUGCCAUGUAUUUUUUCCUGCUAACCCUCCCAGAUACACAUCUGGGAAUCUACUUAUGGAUUUAAAAUAGCAUUAGUAAUGCAGUCUAGCAACCUUCCAAAAGGCUUCUGCCACGAGACUGAAUAUUUUAACAUUGGCAGCUGAACAGGGCUCCCCAGCCGUAUCUUCAGACGCUAAAUCAAUGCUCGGCACAUUCUGCUCCUAAUUGAUGGUCUCGAUAGCUAAAUGCAGAACGACCUGUUUAUUGCCAAUGUUUAAAAAUGGGCAUCCUGCUACAUUUUAUAAACGUACAUCAUUUUGCAUAUUAUGGCUGAGCUGCAUGUAAAAAGCAGGAGGCAGUUCCUGCUCACUAGGAACAGUAAAGGCGGCGCAGGCAGCGUUUGCUAGCGUGGAAGCGCUCUGAGGACCAAGCUCACCGUUCUUCUACCCGAACAGCUCUUUCCGCCCAUGCUAUCCAGCAGACCUCCAUGGGGCUACCGUUAAGGCUAGGGUAAGGUUUGCAGGAUAAGGUCCUUUAUUUAUAAUAGACACAGUAUUAUGUUACUGGUAGGGCUAGUUCUCCCGAGUGCCAAGGAUUCCUCUUCCUGCUCCUCCAAAUCCCUGCCCGCGCUGCAUGCCCAGCGGGACGGCCUGUCCUUUGGGCUGCGCAGGGCCGAAGGGGCACAGCCUUUAAUGUUGCGAGCGGGUGUCGGAGAGGCACGGCGCUCCCCUCUGCGCGCUCAGUCCUGCUGGCCCGGCUGUCCGAGGCGGAGCUGGGCACGCAGACCCAGGCCCGGCUCGAGGCGGGCCUCCUUCCUCUGAACUGGAAAGGGGCACCGGUUCCGGGUCUAGUCCAGCUUUCCUCAGCGUAGGAAGAAACAGGUUUAUGCCACUGGGUUUUUUAGGUAUGUUAUU